UGGGAGGAAGCAGGGAGGGGGUUGUGAGCUGUGGGGGCCAGACUAAACCAAGCCCUCUGGCUGUACUGGCCGCCAUGGAGCUAGGGCUGCUGCUUCCUCUGCUGCUGCUUGGGACUCGGGAGACUCAGGGGUCUGAGCUGGACCCCAAUGGGCAGCACGUCUGCAGGGCAAGCAGCCUCUCUGCUGAGCUCCAGUGCUGUCCAGGCUGGAAGCAGAAAGAUCAACAAUGCACUAUCCCCAUCUGUGAGGGGCUGGAUGCCUGCCGGGAAGACGAGGUAUGCGUGAAACCAGGCCUCUGUCGAUGUAAACCUGGAUUCUUCGGGGCCCAGUGCAAUUCACGCUGCCCAGGCCAGUACUGGGGCCCGGACUGCCGCGAGAUCUGCACCUGUCACCCACACGGCCAGUGCGAGCCGGCCACCGGCGUGUGCCACUGUCUAGCCAACCGCUGGGGCGGCCGCUGCGAGUUCUCGUGCAUCUGCGGCCCGCACGGGCGCUGCGACCCCGCGUCAGGCGCGUGCCGCUGCGAGCCCGGCUGGUGGUCGACCACGUGCCACCGCCCCUGCCAGUGCAACCCGGCGGCGGCGCGCUGCGAUCAGGCCACUGGCUCCUGCCUAUGCGAACCCGGCUGGUGGGGCCGCCGCUGCAGUUUCCGCUGCGGCUGCCACGGCUCUCCGUGCGCCCAGGACUCGGGCCGCUGCACCUGCCGGCCCGGCUGGUGGGGACCCGAGUGCCGGCAGCAGUGUGAGUGCGUGCGCGGCCGCUGCAGCUCCACCUCCGGCCAGUGCGUCUGCCCUCCGGGCUUCCGCGGUGCGCGCUGCGAGAUGCCCUGCUCCGCCGGCAGCUACGGGGCGCAGUGCCGCCACAGCUGUGGCCACUGCAAGCAGAAUGAGCCCUGCUCUCCAGACACAGGCAGCUGUGAGUCCUGCGAGCCAGGCUGGAACGGGACCCAGUGCCACCAGCCUUGCCCACCUGGCACCUUCGGCGAGAGCUGCAGGCAGCAGUGUCCUCACUGCUGGCUUGGGGGAGCCUGUCAGCCAGACACUGGGCGCUGUCAGCGCUGUGACCCUGGCUGGCUGGGGCCCAGGUGUGAAGACUCCUGCCCGACUGGCACCUUCGGGGAGGGCUGUGGCUCUACCUGCCCCACCUGUGUUCAGGGGAUCUGUGAUGCUGUGACUGGGGAAUGUGUCUGCAACACUGGCUACUGGGGGCCCAGCUGCAACUCUUCAUGCCCAUCUGGCUUCCAUGGAAAUAACUGCUCUGUUCCUUGUGAAUGCCCAGAGGGACCCUGCCACCCUGUCUCUGGGGCCUGCCAGCUGGGGCCUCGCAGUCAGGACGCUGCCCUCAUCGCUGGCAUUCUUGUGCCUCUGCUGGUGCUCCUCCUGGGCAUCACCUGCUGUGUGUGCUGCUGCCAGGCCACCCGGCUGGAUCCCAAGGACAGGCCAGCAAGAGACGGAGCUGCUGUGUCCAGGAUGAAGCUGCAGGUCUGGGGGGCAGUGACCAGCCUGGGCUCCAUGCUGCCCUGUGGUUCCCUCAGCAGCCACAAGCUUCCCUGGGUGACAGUCUCACACCACGACCCGGAGAUCCCCUUCAACCACAGCUUCAUUGAGCCACCCUCUGCGGGCUGGGCCACAGAUGACUCCUUCUCUUCCGAUCCUGAGUCUGGAGAGGAGUACGAGGGUCCUGCCUACUGCGUGCCACCCCAAGAAGGGAUGGUCCCUGUGGCCCAAGCAGAGUUGCCAGAGGCCAGCCUGGUUGGAGGUCCCUUCCCUCCCCCUGAGGAUGCCUCCACACCGUUCCCCAUCCCACGCACUUCCAGUUUAGCACGGAACAAGCGACCAUCGGUCUCCUUUGCUGAAGGCACCAAGUUUGCACCGCAGAUCCACCGAAGCUCAGGGGAGCUCUCCAGCCCACUCCGAAAGCCCAAGAGGCUGUCUCGGGGCGCCCAACCAGGUCCUGAGAGCCAGGAGACCGAAGAGUCCACAGGCCGAGAGCAAGGAGAUGCGGACAAGGCCUCUCCUGGUGCUGCCAGCCCCAGGGAUUCUGCCAUUGGCCGCCGCUGGCUCCCGCUUGGUGGCCGGACAGUGGCUGAGCGUGUGGAAGCCAUCGAGGGCAAUGUCCGGGAGAGCUCAGGCUCCAUGAGCACAAUCUACAUGCUGGCAGGGUCACCCCAGGGAUCUGAGGGCCCCGUCCGGUCUGUUCUCCGCCGUUUUGGUAGCUUCCACAAAGGCCAGGCAGAGCCCAAGGUCAAGAGUGCCAUCCCCAAGCCUCCACGCCGGGCCUUGAGUCGGAACAAGGGCAGUCCUGGGCUGGCCUCUGGCUCUGCUAAUCAGAGCCCCAGCUCAGUCCCGAAUGAGGAGCUCACUGGGGCCUUGGAAUCUGUAGGAACCAGGCCAGAGGAAGUGGCCAGGGGGUUGGGGGAUGGCAUCAAGAACUCGGGGAGGGCCCAGGAAUUGGCACCUGAGGGUAACCCACCAGAACAGGAUCCCCAGAAGCUGGCUGACAAGGAAGGGCAGGAGGAGCCCCAGUAUGAGAAUGUUGCCCCUAUCUCUGGGUCACCAGCACCCUGAGGACCUUGAAUUUGGAGAGUAGAAAGACUAUGAAUGGGGAUAGGCAUCUGAAAUGCCCCUGGAUCAGAUUGUGUUUUGUGCUGGUAAAAGAUCCCAGGGCCAGGAAAGACAUAUCAGAGCCUCUGUCCUUCCAUGUGGAAACAUCAGAGUCUGGGGCCAGCUGGCCCUGGUGAUGCUGUGGAAGGCCUGGGCAGAGACCCCACAGGAUGGGGUCAGGAAGGGGAAAGAGAUGGCUGCAGGGACAUUUUCUCUGUUGUCGUGGACUCUGUUUUCCCCCAAAAGCUAUUCUUUCCUUCAUUUGCAAAACAUUUUUCUGAAAUGGGAAACAAAUGUUUGAUGGCAAAAGAUUGGUUAAAGAAAUAUUUCUUAUAGUAGGUUCCUAAACAACCACAAAAGUCAUGUUGUACAAAAAUAUUUAAUAUGGAAGAUAUGGGAGGAUGUUCAUGCUAUACUGUUAAGUAUAAAAAGUAAGUUUUCUUUUUAGAAAUUUGUUUUUUCCUCAGGAUACAUCUUUAGGAUUCUUCCAUUUUGUGUAUAUAUUUCAUGACUGUUCUAUGGAUUUUUAAAAAAGUACGCGCAUAAAAAAGAUUCGAGGGAAAGGCAUUCAAUGGCAUUUUUCUCUGGGAGAUGAGAUUUUGGCUGAUACUUAUUUUUUUCUUAAACUUCUGUUGAAUUUGCAAAUUUGCCACAGUGAACAUCCUUUUUUACUUCUUUCACUAGACUGAAUUUAAAAAAAAUCAUUAAAAAGCUAUGUUCUUUAUAAAAGUAAAAAGUACUAACAUUACAGACAUGUAUAAAGUAAAAAAGAGAUCUCCCUUCUCCCCAGAGCAGCUGGGGGACAAAAAGGGGGCCAAACUUACUUCCCACUGAAUGCUUUUUGGUCUUGUUCUGAAUUCUUUCCUCACGUACUUGUAUUCCCUAGUGAGGAAAUAAAGAGUGCUUCCCCUUCUAUCUCAGUGCUCAGAGAAUCACAUGAACAAUUUAGAGGCUUGCUUUCUGUGCACAUGAAAACAAACAAAAAAUACUGUUCUACAAUUUGUUUUUUUACUUAACAAUAUAUGCUGGAUAUCUUUCAUGUCAGUAAAUGUAAAGCUACCUCUUUUUAUAAAAAAUGGCUAUAUGGGAUUCCAUCACGUGGAAAUAAUACAGGUUAUUUAAACCAUCCCUAGCUUACGGGGAUUUGGGUUGUUCCUAAUUGUUUUGAUGCAAUAAAUGAUGCAGUGUACAA